GAGUCUCAGAGGUAGCGGUGGCAGCAGCGGCAACCGGAGCAGUGGUGCAGCCCAGGCGGCCGGGGAGCUUUCAGCCUCAGCAGCCUCCACUCCAGUCCCAGCCAGGGUGGCGCAGCACAGACAAUACCUAGACCGGGAGCCGGAACGGCCGGGUGAGGGGCACAGGCCAUCAGUGACCAACUGUUUCACAACCUCUGGACUCAUCCUUCCUGUCUAUUCUUCAAACCACAAACUCAACUAUGGUGAUUCCUGACUAAUGGAGUCAUGAGUGCCAGGAAACCUGAAGUUGCUUUUCCAGAAGGUACCUGAGUUGUCCCCAUAACAAUGGAGACCCGAAAAGAUGAAGCUGCUCAGAACAAGGGAGUGGCAGCCUUUAAGGACACCCAGGCCCAAGAGGCAGUGAAAGGAGUCAAGAACAAAGCAAUUGAAGCAAAGGAGGGGCCAGUGUCAGAACCAUCCUCAUCUGGCCCAGGUAGGCUGAAGAAAACUGCUAUGAAGCUCUUUGGUGGCAAGAAGGGCAUCUGUACCCUGCCUAGUAUUUUUGGAGGGGGUCGAAGCAAAGGUUGUGGAAAAAGCAGCUCCAGGAAGGGUCUUAGCAAGAGUAAAACCCAUGAUGGAUUUAGUGAAGCAGUUUGUGACCUUGAGGAUGCUGCCAGUGAGGGAAUUGACUUCACAGCAACUUUACCUGACUCACCCUGCAAACUUCCUAGCUCCCAGAGUGCCCUGGGGACUUUGGAGACAGGCUUCAGAUGUAAGAUGUUUGUGGCUGGAAUCACAGAGAAAGUUGAGGCUGAGAAGGUUUCCUCUGUGCUCAAACCAAAGAAAGGCCUGAAAGGCUUUUUCAGCAGUAUCCGCCGUCACCGGAAAGGCAAGGUCACUGGAACUGAGCAAAGUGAGCCAGGGCUUAAGGUACCUGAAGGAGCCAAAGCCAGAACUCAGGAGGAGGUAAGCUCAUCUCCUCUUUUCCACUCUGAGGAGGCCCUUCCAGCUUCAAGCAAGGAAACUAUCAAAUCUCAGGAUGUCUCUAGGUCAGAAGUGUCAUUAGCAACAGAGACUUCUCCACAAGUUACUGAAAACACAUCUUGUAAAGGUCCAGAAAAACCUAUGGAGCUCUGUGCUUCAGCAUUACUACAGCUCAAGCCUAUUCUUGAUGCCAGUGGCCCUGAGGAAUCCCAUAGUUCCGAAAUAGGGAACAAGGGAGAGGUGGGGGAGAUAAAUCAACCGAGUGGCCCUGCGGGAGAUCAAUUGAGCCUCUUAUUUGGGGAUGUCACAUCCCUGAAAAGUUUUGACUCGUUGACAGGUUGUGGGGAUAUCAUAGCUGAGCAAGACAUGGACAGCAUGACAGAUAGCAUGGCCUCUGGGGGCCAGAGGGCCAACCGAGAUGGGACUAAGAGAAGUUCCUGCCUGGUGACUUACCAAGGAGGUGGGGAAGAGAUGGCCUUGCCUGAUGAUGAGGAUGAGGAGGAAGAAGAGGAAGAAGAACAGGUGGAAUUAGAGGAGGAAGAAGAAGUAAAAGAGGGAGAUGAUGACUUAGAAUAUCUGUGGGCAAGUACACAGAUGUACCCAAUGCCCAACUUGAACAUGGGCUACCAUCCUACCACAUCCCCAGGCCACCGCAGCUACAUGCUCCUUGACACAGUUCAGUCCUAUCCUGGCCUACCCCCUGGGGACAUUUUGACUCCACAGAGUGACCAGCAAGAGUCUGCCCCUAAUAGUGAUGAAGGCUAUUAUGACUCCACCACGCCUGGAUUUGAGGAUGAUUCAGGUGAGGCCCUGGGACUUGUCCACAAGGAUUGCCUGCCCCGGGACAGCUAUAGUGGAGAUGCCCUUUAUGAGUUCUAUGAGCUAGAUGACAGUCUUCAGAAUUCUCCACCUGGAGAUGACUUCCUCUAUGACCUUCAUGGUUGCAGCUCUGAAAUGUUUAACCCAUUCCUGGACUUUGAGCACUUAUCUUCUUCUCGGCAGCCUGAGACCAUGGAGACAGAGGAGGAACGCCUAGUGACCAUCCAGAAACAGUUGUUAUAUUGGGAGCUUCAACGGGAGCAUCUUGAGGCCCGAAAGGCUCAUGCCAGGGUGGCCCACAACAGGGAAGCCUUUGCCCAAGAAGCUUGUAUUUGGGAACCUCAUGCCAGAGAGGCCAAAGCUCGAGAGGCCUAUGCUAGGGAGACCCAUGCCAGAGAAGUCCGUGCUCGAGAAGCUCAUGCCAGGGAAACUUGUGCCCGAGAGUCUCAUGCUGUAGAGGACCAAGCCCAUGAGGCCCACACCCAGCAGGAGAAGACCCUCAUGGAAUAUCGAAUGAGACCUUUAGGCCCCUCAGUGAUGGGCCUGGUGGCAGGGGCACCAGAGACCUCUCAUACUUCCUACCAUGGAACCACUUCAGCUUUCCCUGCCACUGCAAGUAGUGAACCAGACUGGAGGGACUUCCGUCCUCUAGAAAAGCGUUUUGAAGGAACUUGUUCCAAGAAAGAUCAAAGUACCUGCUUGAUGCAGCUCUUCCAGAGCGAUGCCAUGUUUGAGCCAGACAUGCAAGAAGCCAAUUUUGGAGGGUCCCCUAGGAGGGCCUACCCUACUUAUUCACCCCCUGAGGAACCCGAGGAAGAAGAAGUUGAAAAGGAAGGGAAUGCAACUGUGAGUUUCUCACAGGCCCUGGUAGAGUUCACCAGCAAUGGGAACCUUUUCUCCAGCAUAUCUUAUAGCUCUGAUUCUAAUUCAUCCUUCACUCAAAACCUUCCCGAGCUUCCUCCCAUGGUAACAUUUGACAUUGCUGAUGUGGAACGGGAUGGGGAAGGAGAGUGUGAAGAGAAUCCUGAGUUCCACAAUGAUGAAGACCUUGCAGCCUCCUUGGAAGCCUUCACAAUGGGCUACUACCACAAACACACCUUCAACAACUACCGCAGCCGAUUCUACCAAGGCCUUCCCUGGGGUGUGAGCAGUCUGCCUCGAUACUUGGGACUGCCUGGCAUGCACCCUAGACCCCCACCUGCUGCCAUAACUCUCAACAGGAGGAGCCGCUCCCUUGACACUGCAGAAACCCUAGAACUAGAGCUUUCUAAUUCCCACGUGACCCUGGACUACAUGGAGUCUGAUGAACUUCAGGCCCAGCAAGAAGAUUCAGAUGAAGAAGAAGAAGAAGAAGAUGAGUGUGGCCGAGACAGUCCCCUGUCCCUUUAUACCGAGCCGCCAGGGGCUUAUGACUGGCUUACCUGGGCCCCCUUUCCUCUACCAGUCGGGUCAGGCCCUGCCUCGAUAAACCCCAGCCUGUUGGAUGGGCUUUCCAACCAGUCUCCGUAUGGGCAAACAGCCUGUUGUGUACCUCCUGUUUCUGCGUCAGUGUCUCUUCCAGUACCAGUGUCAGAACCAAGGGCACCCCAGGAAUCUAGGGUUCAGCCAGCUCGGCCUUCACAUCUACUCCUGCCCAUGGGCCCUUGCUAUAACUCCCAGUCACAAACCUUGCAGGAUGUGAGAGUCAAACCUCGAGAUCGCCUGCUGCCUGUGGAUGAGCCCAUUUGUUCUAUUUCUGAAAGAUUCAGCCCCAUCUCUCUGCCCCAAGUCAAGCCCGUGAGCAUCACUCAUGGCAUCCCUCAGCUGCCUAGGAUCCUGUCUGAGUCCCCACAGCAUAAGUUCAGUCACUAUGGAGUUUCCACCAUUGACCUGUCAAAGGAGAGAUUAAGCAGGAUAACUUCCUCGCCACCAACUACUCCACUGUCAUAAAUGGAAACCCAGCUGAACAGUCAUUAAUUCCAGAGUAGGGAAAUAGGGUAUGAGCAUGUGAGGAUCAGGAAUA